CGGGGGCCGGGGCCGGGCUGCCACUCCGGAAUCUCGGCGAGCCCGUCUGCAUCGCACUCGAGACCGCCGCCAUGGCCGCCUACAAACUGGUGCUGAUCCGGCACGGCGAGAGCGCGUGGAACCUGGAGAACCGCUUCAGCGGCUGGUAUGACGCCGACCUGAGUCCAGCGGGGCACGAAGAGGCAAAACGUGGCGGGCAGGCGCUGCGAGACGCCGGCUAUGAGUUUGACAUCUGCUUCACCUCAGUGCAGAAGAGAGCAAUUCGGACUCUCUGGACAGUGCUGGAGGCCAUUGACCAAAUGUGGCUGCCUGUAGUGAGGACCUGGCGUCUCAAUGAGCGGCACUAUGGGGGUCUGACUGGCCUUAAUAAAGCAGAAACUGCUGCCAAGCAUGGCGAGGCCCAGGUAAAGAUCUGGAGGCGCUCCUAUGAUGUCCCACCACCACCGAUGGAGCCUGACCAUCCCUUCUACAGCAACAUCAGUAAGGAUCGCAGGUACGCAGACCUCACUGAAGAUCAGCUGCCCUCCUGUGAGAGUCUGAAGGACACUAUUGCCAGAGCUCUGCCCUUUUGGAAUGAAGAAAUAGUUCCCCAGAUCAAAGAGGGAAAACGGGUGCUGAUUGCAGCCCAUGGCAACAGCCUUCGGGGCAUUGUCAAGCAUCUGGAGGGUCUCUCUGAAGAGGCUAUCAUGGAGCUGAAUCUGCCGACCGGUAUUCCCAUUGUCUAUGAAUUGGACAAGAACUUGAAGCCCAUCAAGCCCAUGCAGUUCCUAGGGGAUGAAGAGACCGUCCGUAAAGCCAUGGAGGCUGUGGCUGCCCAGGGCAAGGCCAAGAAAUGAAGGCGAGCAGGCAGGCUACUUUCCCAAGGACACCCUCCCUGCCUGUUCCAUUCCUCUGCAUCUCUCCUGUGCACAUGUCACACUGACCACAUCUGUAGGCACCUUAAGUUGUAGCUACAGAUGGGGACCAGUGGCUCCUAAUUUCAUUCCAGCCAUUUUGUCUCUUGCACACACUCCCUCCAUGCAACCUAGUCAGAAUGGCACCUCUGGGGCUUGGGUCUUCAGUCCAAGCCGAGAGAAGACUUUUUUCCAAGAGUCCAGAAGUAGUAACUCUGGUUUUUUGCUAGUUUUUUGGGUUUUUUUAAAUAUUUUUUAUUACUAAGGACCUGCUUGAGUAGUGGGAUAGGGAGGAACCAUGCUGAAGCGUGACCAAUGAGGAGGCAAGAGAGCCUGUCUGUUCCCAGGAGUAGUUCUUACUAGUCUUUAGCCCGGUGACUGACUGGGGGCUCUAGUCAUUCCAGAGGAAGAUGAAUGGACACGUGGUGAUUCAAACAAACGUUUUCUCCCUGGCCCCAGAGAAGCUGGCUCCAGAUAUUGGGAUCAAUCCUGAAUGUUCAUGUGUUGCAUUUACUUUUACAAAAAAAAAGUGUAUAUAUAGAUAUCUAUCGAUAGAUAUCGAUAGAUAUCUAUCGAUAUAUAUAGAAUAAUACAAAACAAAAACCCUUCCGGGGUUUCUAGUGGCGGUUGAAAUAGUCCCACAUGUGAUCCUCACAAAAUACGCCAUUCCUCACAUCAGGGUAGGAUGAGCUCCUUGACUUAUGAGGGGUAGGAGUUCGUCCUGCUGUGAGUUAGAGCCCCUCCCCUGUCUUAUGGUGUCACGGCAGUGAAAUGUGUCUUGAGAAUGUCCAGGUGUGUCUUUCACUGUGUCUGAUUUCUGAAUCGUGUUCCAGUUGCUUGACCCUGCCACUUGGUCCUAGCACACAUUUUGAGCAUAACUACUAAAUCUUUUUUCCAGACCAGUAUAAUAAAGGAGUCAUGUGCAAUAUUUUCUGUGUGAUGUG